AUGCUCCGCCGGCAAAAGUCACACCAGUCCCUCCCCCCUGAAGAACCCUCCAACGCGCCGUCCACCUUCAACGAUAAACUCCCCUUACCAAAACUUAUCGUCUUCGACCUCGACUACACAUUAUGGCCAUUCUGGGUCGACACGCAUGUCAGCGCCCCCGUAAAGCCCAAAGACAACAAUUCGCGCUGUGUCGAUAAAUGGGGAGAAUCAUUCGCCUUCUMCCCCGCCGUAUCCUCAAUCCUGCACAGCGCAAAAGCGCACAACAUCCCCCUCGGAAUCGCCUCACGAACCCACGCCCCGGACCUCGCUCGCGACAUGCUCAAAGCCCUCCACGUAAUACCAACCUUCACCGACAACCCCGCCGCGCGGGACACGCGACGCCGCACCGUGCGCGCCCUUGACUACUUCGAUUACAUCCAGAUCUUUCCAGGCGAUAAAACCCAGCAUUUCACGAAGAUACAUCAAGCAUGCAACAUACCGUAUGAUCAGAUGCUGUUUUUCGAUGAUGAGGCUCGUAAUAGGAAUGUGCAGAAGGAGUUGGGGGUUACGUUUUGUUUGAUCAGGGACGGCAUGACGAAGGAGGAGGUUGAUAGAGGGGUGUGGGAGUGGAGGAGGAAUUUUGGGAUCAGACCGGGGGAUCAGCCGGGUGAUAUAGAGGAGAGGGAGGUUAGUCGAUUUGAUGAGUAA